AUGAGUCCCAAAAACAUUGUUUUCAAGAAGAUCUGCAAGGACAAGUCGGUUGGAGUCUACAUGGGGAGAAGGGACUUUGUGGACCGUGUUGACUCUGUUGAUCCAGUGGAUGGCGUCGUCCUCGUUGAUCCUGAGGCCCUGCAGGGGAGGAAAGUGUUCGUCACGCUGUCUUGCACCUUUCGCUACGGCAGAGAUGACAUGGAUGUGAUAGGAAUCGCCUUCCGCAGGGAGCUGUACCUGUCGACCCGCCAGGUGUACCCGCCUCUGCAGGACCGUGAGAAAGGAAUCCACACCAAGACGCAGGCCCGACUGCUGCGCAAGCUGGGAGACAACGCCUACCCCUUCUUCUUUGAGUUUCCUGACAACCUGCCUUGCUCAGUGGCUCUCCAACCAGCGCCCCACGAUGUUGGCAAGCAAUGUGCAGUGGAGUUUGAGAUCAAAGCGUUCAGCGCUGAGAGCCAGGACGCUAAGGUCCGCAAGCGGAGCACGGUGAAGCUGAUGCUCAGGAAGGUCCAGUACGCCCCAGAGAGUGAAGGAGCGGCGCCCUCUGUCGAAACCACCAGGGACUUUGUCAUGUCUGACAAACCACUGCAUGUCAAGGCCAGUCUGGACAAAGAGGUUUACUACCAUGGGGAACCCAUCAAAGUGCACGUCAGCGUCACAAACAACUCCAGCAAAAACGUCAAGAACAUCAUCGUCUCCGUGGAUCAGGUCUCCAUGGUGGUCUUAUACUCCAACGACAGCUACGUCAAAUCUGUGGCCAUCGAGGAGUUUGGGGACUCGGUGUCUGCUGGAGCGACCCUGCAGAAAGUCUACACGCUGCUGCCUCUGCUGGCCAACAACAGGGAGAGGAGGGGCAUCGCCCUGGACGGCAAACUGAAGCAUGAAGACACCAACCUGGCGUCAUCGAGCAUUAUCAAGGAGGGUGUGCUGAAGGAGGUGCUGGGAAUCAUGGUUUCAUACAGAAUCAUGGUGAAGCUCAUCGUUGGAGGGAUGAUGGGAUCAAGUGAGGUCGGCCUGGAAAUCCCCUUUAAACUGAUGCAUCCUAAACCUGACGCAGUGAAGGAAAGUGAGGCGGAGGAGGAGAUGGUGUUCCAGGAGUUCAAACGCUCCUACCUGAAGGGAAUGGCCGGCGACGACGAGGACGAAGAAGGAAACGUGUCGGGUGGCGACGACAUGGCGCCCAAAGAGAAGUAG